GAUGCACCAUCAAUUUAAUAGGAAAUUUUCAAAGCAACUGUAGGGAGAGCAGAAGUAUGUAUCAAUUUGUAGUAUGCUUUUUAAUUUCAGCAACAUUAAAAUGUAAACAUAUAUACAUAUUAAAAUUGAGGAAAUGUGGUGACGCCUAAUUCCCAGAGUUGUUCUGAAAAUUAAAUAAGGUUCUCAUUCCACAUUGUUAAGUGUUACAAUGCAAAUAUUAUUACUUGCCUCACCCAUCCCACAGCCCAGCCUUUAAUAAUAUACUAGGGACUUGAAAAAAAAUGGAUAUGUCAUUCAAUUUGGGGAUCAAAUUUUUUCAUGAGUGUCAUUUUUUAAAUGGAGGAUAUGUUAUUCGUUUGUUUUUUUUUUUUUUUUUUUAGACAGGGUCUCCCUCUGUCACCCAGGCUGGAGUGCAGUAGCGCAAUCUUGGCUCACUGCAACCUCUGCCCCCUGGGGUUCAAGCAAUUCUCGUGCCUCAGCCUCCCAAGUAGCUGGGAGCGUGUGCCACCAUGCCUGUCUAAUUUUUCUAUUUUUAGUAGAGACAGGGUUUCGCCAUAUUGGCCAAGCUGGUCUCGAACUUCUGACCUCAAGUGAUCCACCCGCCUCAGCCUUCCAAAGUGCUGGGAUUACAGGCAUGAGCCACGACAUCCAGCCAAGGGAUAUGUCAUUCUCAACAACAGCUAAUACACAGAGACUCUAGAACCAGAAGGAAUUUAUUUUUUCUGAGACAGAGUCUUGCUCUGUUGCCCAGGCUGGAGUGCAGUGGCACCAUCUUGCCUCACUGCAACCUCCACCUCCAAGGCUCAAGCAAUUCUCCUGUCUCAGCCUCCUGAGUAGCUGGGACUACCAGCACCCGCCACCACGUCUGGCUAAUUUUUGUGUGUUUUUUGUUUGUUCGUUUGUUUGUUUUGUUUUGUUUUGUUUUUUUGAGGCAGAGUCUCCCUCUGUCGCCCAGGCUGGAGUGCAGUGGUGCGAUCUUGGCUCACUGCAAGCUCCACCUCCUAGGUUCACACCAUUCUUCUGUCUCAGCCUCCCAAGUAGCUGGGACUACAGGUGCCCGCCACCACACCCGGCUAAUUUUUUGUAUUUUUAGUAGAGAUGGGAUUUCACUGUGCUAGCCAGGAUGGUCUUGAUCUCCUGACCUCUUGAUCCACCUGCCUUGGCCUCUUAAAGUGCUAGGAUUACAGGCGUGAGCCACCGCACCUGGCCAAAUUUUUGUAUUUUUAGUAGAGACAGGGUUUCACCAUAUUGGUCAGGCUGGUCUCGAACUCCUGACCUUGUGAUCCAGCCGCCUCGACCUCCCAAAAUGCUGGGAUUACAGGCAUGAGGCCCCAGAAAGAAAUUUAAAGUUCAGUGAAUUUUAUCCCCAAAGUUUAUAAUAGGGAGAAACAGAGGUUCAGACAACUAAAAUGACUUCUCUAUAUGCAUAUGGUUCAUGGCACAGUUGAGACAGAAAGAGGACUUUUUAUAGGUAAUGUUGACAAUUGUUAGUAAUUAUGAUUAUAUACAGUGAAGCAUUGAAGCUAGCUUUGUAACUUCAGUUCAGACAAAGGAGUGGUAGGAUGCUAAUCCCCCAAAUGCACAAUGUUUUAGCAAAAGUACAGUGCGAGGAUAAGCUGAUUUAUGUCGUAGAAUUGAGGUGGUGGGGAUUGAGAGAGUGAAAGCUGUCAGAAUCAAAAUGGAGUCACUAAUGUUAAAAAAAAAAAAAAGAAAAAAGAAAAAAGGCUCUGACAAAUAGAGCCAUGAAGGGAGAAUUUUCAUGCAUAAAUGCCUCGUAACAAAAACGACCACAAAAGACUCCAAAACCUACAACCUUGCACAGAGGCCAUCACAACCCUACACCAAAAAAUACUUCUAUCAGGACAUCUGCCCAGCAACUGCCUGUCCAGCCUUGAACUGGCAUCACCCUUGUUAUUGAUAUUUGUAGCCAAAGGUAAUUAUUUCAAAACAAUUAUGCAAUCUUCCUCAUUUUUUUCCCUUAAAAACCUCUGUCUUCUUUACCUCCCUGAAUACACACAGAGUUUACUAUGGCAAGCAUCUUUCCAUUGCGGUACUUUUUUCCCAAAUAAACCUCUCUUCUUUUAGAGAGCCUGUCUCUUUGUUAUGACAAGGUGACAAGAGUGCAUGAGAAAUGCAUAGGUGUAGAAUUCUGAUGUACUAGAUCACCUCCUCCCCGUGGAAAACAAAACUACACUCAGCCUGAGUGGAGGAGUGCUUGAACUGUAAGUCCUUCUGUACAGGAAAGGAGUCACACACCCCUCCAGGACGCCACCCCUACCCCCAAGCAGUUUGUUUUGGUCCAAAAAUGACAAAGGAGACUGGACCUCAGCUAUAUGGCUAGUGGUCUGGGGCAGACCUGUUCACAGUAGAACCAUAAGAGGUUACGACUUCCCUUGUGGUCACCAGGAGGCUGGGCUGAGCCGGCGUAAAUGACGGCACUUGCUAGGGUCACAGAAAUGCAUCUUUAAGUGCAUUCAAUUACAGACCUACCCAUACACUGCGUUUCUGACAUGACCCUGUAGAUUCCACAGCACAUUUCUGGAAGGCUUAUCUGAGAGUUGCAGGCAGGAUCCAGCUCAUUGUGGCUUUAUCUACACAAGGCAGAUGAGGACAAGGCUGUUACCAUCUCCCAUCUGUGGCUACUGAUGCCUGGUUAAAUAAUUGUUCCAAGCCCCCUACCUGAGGGGAAGUAGAGUCAGGUCUCUUAAUGGUGUGCAAUGCUCUAUCUGGCCUUAGCUUGGCCUGCUCUUCAACUUUGACACAAACUGGAAGCAAGCUGCAAAGCCGGACUAAAGAUUCAUAGGAUUUUAAAACAGCCUGGCGUGGUGGCACAGGCCUGUAGUCCCAGCUACUUGGGAGGCUGAGGUAGGAGGAUCGCUUGAGUCCAGGAGUUCGAGGCUGUAGUGAGCUAUGAUCGUGCCACUGCACUCCAGCCUGGGCGACCCAGCGAGACUCCAACCGCCGCCCCCACAACAAAAACAGAAAGUAGGAAACGCCGUCUGUAUUUACAACUAGCUCGUUUAGUUCUCAGACAUGAGUAUUAUGACAAUAUUCAUUUGGCAGUUCAGGAUCCGAGCGAGGGAAAGCCUAAGCGAGCUGCUGAGUGGGGCCAGUGGUCCCGGGGCGUCCUGACUUCCAAGGCUCUGGGCCUUCGUGCUGCGGCCAGGAGCGCCUCGCCACGCCCCUCCCCAGGGGUCCCCCUGCAGGGGUUCCUGUCCCCUAGGCACCGAGCCCCAAGCCCCGGGCGCAGGCUGCAGCUUCCGCCUGCCUGACCCCGCCAGCCUGCGCCUCCUCACCCGGGGACUAGCAGAAGCCUGGGCCCGCGCCUGGCGCUACGACUCCGGUCUUUAGUCUUUGUUUGGAGCACGGGAGAACCUGGGAACGGAGGGAGGCAUGACUUCAAUAUUCAUAUCGUUGUUAAAUAAACGAUUUCCUAAUUUGUAUCUGUUUCAUGCCAGCGUGAAACUUCUGUAGGCAGAGCCGGCUGCGCUGCCAGCAUUUCCUUCUGCUGGUCCCCACCCACCUCUGCCUCCCCCACCUAGCGUUCCCUCGGCCGCAGCGGGGAAGAACAGCCAAGCAGACCAAACAGCCGGGGCCGCGGGUGGGAGGCUGUUCCCGCAGCUCGUGGCUGGCGUUGGAGAAUGUGGAGAUUUUCCCAUUCAUAAAAGGAACGUCCCCGUUUGCCGCCUUCCCUCCCGCCGCACACCGCCACAUCCGCAGCGGGGUAGGGCUGGGUCUGCGGGCGCUGGGUUCCCAGGGGCCUACCCGGGCGCGCUCUCGCCUUUCUCAGGAAGCCCCAUUUUGUGAGCGGCACCGCGUGUCCUCGCUCAGUCCGUGCACACAGUUGACCUGGAGCGCGGAUGAGCACCCUUGGUUGAAACGAAGAGACAAAAUGGCUUGUGGUUCAAUUCAUAAAUAAAACCUCACCCUUGGACUUCAGGCUGCCCGACAUUUUGGGACUUGGAUUUUUUUUGCUUUAUCAUAGUUUUAGGAAGCGACUGUCAGGCCAUGUUGCCUAUCCAUUUCUAAACGACUGGCUUUUUAGGAUCCCGUUUUCACCCUUCUAUGGCGGUGGGUUGGGGGUGGGGGGUGGAACUGGAGUGGCCCAGGGAGACGAUGGCAGGGACGGGGCGGAGCAGGGCGUUGUACUAAUUCAAGAUGCAAUCUCCAUCCAAAUAAUGGAUUGUUAUUAACAAUGAUCCUCUCUGCAAAACCCUUAAAAUUGCCCCUUGAUUCCCUAGCAGCAAGAGGCGAGCCCUUAUUCGCUGAGCUGAAGCCUCCUCCCCCCUCCUCCCCAUUACUCUCUGCUCUGGAAAUUACAACUCCUCGGCGCGCGGCGCGGGGAGGCAGCGGCAGCGGCGGGAGGGAGGCGGGGAGGGGAUUCCCGAGCCAGCCGGGCGCUCGCCCUCCGCCGGCCGGCUGCAGCGUCUCGCGGCCAAGGUCAGAGGCGCCGCAGGAGCAGCAGCUGGGAACCAGGGAAGCGGGUCAAUCCCGGCCGCAGGGAGGAAACCCCAGGGCGCAGUCAGCCGGCGUCCACAGCCGCCGAGGAGGAGGGUGAGCGGCUGUCUCCGGGCCAGUCGAUUCCCGCCGAGGUGGCCGCGGCCCCAGCGACCCGGCGGGUGGCGGCCCAGGGGUCGGCGAGCGGGCAGCUGGAGCCCCACCUUCGGCUCCCGGGCGCUGUCCGCCGCCUCGUGGUGCUGAUCCCAGCCCCACGGCUGAGCGGCCUUCGCACCUGCCUGCUCACCUCGCGAUCACCCGGAUAAGGAGCUGGGCGGGGGCAGAAGGGUGGCCUCGGGGUAGCCGCCCACCGGAGCCAGGGGCUGAAGCAGCGAGCGCACAGCAGCCCGGCCGCUGGUCCUGGGGUGGAGAGGAGGCGCGCGCUGCAGCCGGCGGCGGCGCUGGUGCUGACUCAUCACCUAAAGCUCCUCGCAGGCCACCGCGAGGGCAGCCGACCGGCUCCGGACUCUGGAUGCAGGUUGAAGCCGCUGGUGCGGGAGCCCCGCGGGCAGGAGGUGAGGACCCCCGCCCUUCUCUCGCCCCCCAAUCAUCUUAGGGCGGUGGCUACAGGACAGAGAGAGGGGCGUGCCCCUCGGCUGUGAAGUGGGCAUGCCCGUGUGAUGCCCCCGCCCGCCAUCUCACCGGGGCGCACCACGCUGGUCCUCCUCCGCCAGUCUCCCGAGCUCCGGCCAUUCAUCCCCAGCGCAGAGCAGCGUGGGCAGCAGGCGCCGCGAUGGAGGAAGAGCUGAAGUGUCCCGUGUGCGGCUCUCUGUUUCGGGAGCCUAUCAUUCUGCCCUGUUCCCACAAUGUCUGCCUGCCUUGCGCUCGCACCAUCGCGGUGCAGACCCCGGACGGUGAGCAGCACCUGCCCCAGCCGCUCCUGCUUUCCCGGGGCUCCGGGCUGCCGGCGGGCGCCGCCGCCGCUGCCUCUCUGGAGCACGACGCUGCGGCGGGCCCGGCUUGCAGCGGUGCAGGCGGGAGUGCAGCUGGCGGCCUCGGCGGCGGUGCGGGAGGUGGCGGAGACCACGCGGACAAGCUCAGCUUGUACAGCGAGACAGACAGCGGCUACGGGUCCUACACCCCGAGCCUCAAGUCCCCCAACGGGGUUCGAGUGCUGCCCAUGGUGCCCGCACCACCCGGCUCCUCGGCUGCGGCGGCUCGGGGUGCUGCCUGCUCCUCGCUGUCCUCGUCUUCGAGCUCCAUCACGUGCCCUCAGUGCCACCGCAGCGCCUCCCUGGACCACCGCGGCCUGCGCGGCUUCCAGCGCAACCGGCUGCUCGAGGCCAUCGUGCAGCGGUACCAGCAGGGCCGCGGGGCCGUGCCGGGUGCGUCUGCAGCCGCGGCGGUGGCCAUCUGCCAGCUAUGCGACCGCACCCCGCCAGAGCCAGCAGCCACGCUCUGCGAGCAGUGCGACGUCCUCUACUGCUCUGCCUGCCAGCUCAAGUGCCAUCCAUCCCGGGGACCCUUCGCCAAGCAUCGCCUGGUGCAGCCGCCGCCGCCGCCGCCAGCGCCCGCCGAGGCAGCCUCCCGGCCCACUGGCGCCGCCCAGGGCGCCCCCAGCGGAGGCGGCGGCUGCAAGAGCCCGGGAGGCGCGGGGGCCGGGGCGACUGGGGGCAGCACGGCCCGCAAGUUCCCCACGUGUCCCGAGCAUGAAAUGGAGAACUACAGCAUGUACUGCGUGAGCUGUCGAACCCCGGUGUGUUAUCUGUGCCUGGAGGAGGGCCGGCACGCCAAGCACGAGGUGAAGCCGCUGGGGGCCAUGUGGAAGCAGCACAAGGCACAACUAUCUCAGGCCUUAAAUGGAGUUUCGGAUAAGGCAAAGGAAGCAAAGGAGUUUCUGGUUCAGCUAAAGAACAUAUUGCAGCAGAUCCAGGAAAACGGACUGGACUACGAAGCCUGCCUGGUUGCUCAGUGUGAUGCCCUUGUGGAUGCUUUAACUCGUCAGAAAGCCAAGCUGCUCACCAAGGUGACUAAAGAGAGGGAACACAAGUUGAAGAUGGUUUGGGACCAGAUCAAUCACUGCACAUUGAAGCUGCGUCAGUCCACCGGACUGAUGGAGUACUGCCUGGAGGUGAUCAAGGAGAACGACCCCUCCGGGUUCUUACAGAUCUCAGAUGCUCUGAUCAAGCGCGUCCAGGUGUCUCAGGAGCAGUGGGUCAAAGGCGCCCUGGAGCCGAAAGUGUCUGCGGAGUUUGAUCUGACUUUGGACAGCGAGCCGCUGCUGCAGGCCAUCCACCAGCUGGACUUCAUUCAGAUGAAAUGUAGGGUGCCACCCGUCCCCCUACUGCAGCUGGAGAAAUGCUGCACCCGUAACAACAGCGUCACGCUGGCCUGGAGGAUGCCACCCUUCACCCACAGCCCCGUGGACGGUUACAUCCUGGAGCUGGACGACGGCGCCGGGGGGCAGUUCCGGGAAGUGUACGUCGGUAAGGAGACUUUGUGUACCAUCGACGGUCUUCACUUCAACAGCACCUACAAUGCCCGAGUCAAAGCUUUCAACUCUUCUGGUGUUGGGCCUUACAGUAAAACUGUCGUCCUGCAGACAUCCGAUGUGGCCUGGUUCACGUUUGACCCCAACUCUGGGCAUCGGGACAUCAUUUUAUCUAACGACAACCAGACGGCCACCUGCAGCAGCUAUGAUGACCGGGUGGUGCUGGGCACAGCUGCAUUCUCCAAGGGCGUGCACUACUGGGAGCUGCACGUGGACCGGUACGACAACCACCCAGACCCCGCCUUCGGGGUGGCCAGGGCCAGCGUGGUCAAGGACAUGAUGCUGGGCAAGGAUGACAAGGCCUGGGCCAUGUAUGUGGACAACAACCGCAGCUGGUUCAUGCACUGCAACUCCCACACCAACAGGACGGAAGGCGGCGUGUGCAAGGGGGCCACCGUGGGCGUGCUGCUGGAUCUGAAUAAGCAUACCCUCACCUUCUUCAUCAACGGGCAGCAGCAGGGCCCCACAGCCUUCAGCCACGUGGAUGGGGUCUUCAUGCCAGCCCUCAGCCUCAACCGCAAUGUGCAGGUCACCCUGCACACAGGAUUGGAAGUGCCGACUAACCUGGGGCGGCCAAAGCUGUCAGGCAAUUAGCCCCACUCCAGCUGGGCACUGCACCUGUGACAGUGACAUUCACAGGCAAAACGCCCACCAUUCUCACUAAGCUCAAAUAACCCACAAAAGCAGGAUACGCAAGUCAUGGGUGCAACCUGGCAGCAUGGAGUGUCACAGAAACACAUUUUCUUGGGGACGCAGGGAAUGGGUCCACGGGCCGUGCUCACAGCUGCCACUGUCAGUGGCAAAGGCAGGUACGUGUGUCACCCUCAUUCCACCUAGACAUUACGAACACUCCCCAAGAAGGACCUUUCUCAAGGGAGUCAGCAUGCGGGCUUCAUGUCUAUGUUUCCUGCCAUCUGUUUUCAAAGCUUGUCUUUUUUUGGAGGGAGAGGAAGGUAGACUUUGAGACUGGCCUCCUGAGAGCGGCAGUCAGGAGCUGCGCUGUAAUCCCAUGCCCCGGGUGUUGGCCCUCCGUGGGGACCCCGCCUCCUCAGAGUCCCGAAGAUUGCAGAUUCUCAUCAUGCUGAGAAAGUUAUCUUCUAGCUUCUUGGUCCUAGAGUCUUUAGUAGCACCUGCCACUUGCAGACCCAAUGCAGGAUUGAUAGAAAGGGACAUUAAUCAUUCAUGCUUGACUUUUGCCUCUCUCACUGAAGUGUUGAGAGCCUUUCAAAAUGGCUUCCUUUAUUAAUCAGCCAAUUGUGUUCUCUCUCUCUCUCUUUUCCUCCUUCCUUCAUUUCUUCUCCCUCCCUCCUUCUCUCUCUCUCUCUUCUCUCUCUCCUUCCCUCCCUCCUUUGCUCUCUCUUUCUUCCUUUCCUCCUUCUCUCUCUUAUUUUCCUCCAUCCCUGCCUCUUUCUUCCCUCUUUCCCUCUCUUUCCCUCCCUCCUUCUCUCUCUCUCUCUCUCACACACACACACACACACACACACUCGGCUCCACCAAUUUUAGAAUGGCAGUCUACUAAAAUUAAUUCACGCAGUUCUUAGUUCUUAAAUCCACGUGAAAACACAAGAAUUUUAACUAUGUCGUAAGUAUUUGCCUGUUGGUGGCUCCUUUCUGAAACUGGCAGCCCAAGAAGUUAAUUGAAAAUGCAUCCAGAUUGCUCUUCUGAGCUGAACCACUCUCAGACUCAUAAGCAUUUAAGAUGGGAGACCCUGGGAAAGCCUGUCCUAGUCAGUCCACCCUAUUGUCAUUAUGAAAGCAUCAUGAACACAAGUGGCCCCUGUGGCAGGCCGGCACAGCUCUGCCCUGAUGUGGUUGGCGGGAUCUCUGGGGAAGGCAGAAAUAGAAGGGCAGUAUCAGGUACCUCGUCUCCCAGCUUCCUACUGUAAGACUGGGUGUGCCGAGUCUGACUUGCCAGGGUGGGACUCUGGAAACACCAGGCUUCUCCCUUGAGAUCCACAUUGAUUCAUCCACACCUCUCAGAGACAGCUCACGGCAGGGGUUCUGAGCCUGCCAGGCUCUUGUUCCCAGGGAACCCUUCCUCUCCUCCCUCCUCUCAUCUUCCCAGUCACCUGCCACCUCCAGCUCCACCUGGUAGUAGCAUUUCUCUCUCCUUUUAAAAAGAAUAUAUUUUGUCAAGCAUUUUAUUUCUGAGGCUGAGAAGUGACUUGUCAAUUUGCUGGACUGGAUUUUUAUAAAACUCGCCUCAUUCACCGGCACCAACUGUGCGUCCUUGGUUCUGCCUUCCUGUUCAGACACCACGCCUGCUUUCUGAGUAAGUGCCUGCCAGAGCCAUGCAGGUACCCCCCCCCCCCCGCCUCCACUCAGCAGGCCCGACAAUCCUACCUCAAAGCUCAUGCUCUUGGUCUGCAAGGCUGCUUGGUCUGCGGUCUCUGCAGAUGUGGCUGGCAAGGCCAGCUGCCCCGUCUCCAGGAGCUGCUCGGUGCUGUGUUGCAGUCUCUGCUGCAAAGCCUGGGAGCUAUCUGCUUCGUGGAAGUCUAGGUCUUGCCUCUUCCUUGUCAUCUCACCAAGCGGUUUCUGGCUCUCCUCCUCCCAUCCCAGAGCCCCGUCCAGAGCCCUUGGUGGUAACACACAAGACCUGGGACCCUGUGUCCUUGCCCGCACCGCUGCCUCUGUCUCCCAUAUCCCUGCAGCUUCAUCCUUAGCCAUAGCUCUGGGUGGCCUUGGCUUGGAGCAUGGAGAAGAUCCUUAAAGAUUGAGGAUGAAGAGGAGCCACCACUUUCCUGGGGCCAAGGAAGCUGUCAGCUUUGGGAAGUGUCUAGCUCUCUUCUGAAAACAAACAGGCCUGAACCCUGCCCCCGGAAUGAGAUCGGGCUACGCAGGGCUGCCUGGUGACAGCAGCUUCUCACAGGGGAUCCCCGGGGAAGGCUGUGGAGCCUCCACCAUCACCACAGCCCAGGUCACCAGGUAGCCCCAGCUCAGUGGAAGAAUCGCCCAUCAUUGGAGCACGAGCUGCCUGGGGCUACCCUGAACCUAACCCCUUUGAGGGAGCAGCAUCCAGGUCAGGAGAGAAGUGGAAAGUGCAGGAGGGAAAUGCCCACAAAUUCAGUGGCCUCUUUCAGAAAAAAAUUCCCUGAAGUCCAGAGAGGUGCAGCCAGGACUCCCUCCUCCCCACUGCCACCCUGAGCUUGGGGGCUGGGAAUCUCCCUUUUCUGACUCCUCCAGGAGCCCAGAAGCAAUACGGCCGAUGCCAGGGACAGUAUCUAGCUCUCCUUCACAGACACCUCUCCUGUCUUCAGCACAAAACACCUUCAGUGUUCUGACUUCAAAGAGAAGGGCAGGUCCGUGCCACACGCUUGUGUUUUUGAGGGAUCAGAAAAGUGAAGAAGGAACUUAUCAAUUCCUCACGGCCAGGAAGGUCCCGGGUUUCAGAGUAGAGAUGACAGACAGGUCAUGGAAUUCUCAUCCACCAUCAAAUUCCAUAACACGUUACAUCAUGGUGGCACAUUUGUACAUAUAUAUAAAUGAUAUCAAGAUGAGGCUUUUGUUGGGCUGGCUGAGGAGUAACUUGGUGUAAAUCUAUCCAGCAGUUUCAGUGAAAAAGGAAUUCAAAGUAGUUUAAAAAUGUCGAGUUCCAUUGCAUUGUAAAUAGUGCCUCUGUAAUGUGGUUCUGCAGUUGUUCUUUGCUAGUGAGCAAGUUUGGUCAAAGUGUAUGCCUUUUCCUUUUAAAAUUAAUCUCUUCCGAAAAUAUCCACUAGCACCUCACUGCAUACAUAGCAUCCCAGCUCCUAAUUCAAAGCAGGGGAAGGUAUUUCCCCAAAGCCUGCUUUUCCCCUCUCUGUUCUCCUUGGGAAAAUAAUGAUUCCAAUUAAAGAGGACACCAGUAAUACUGACCCACAAGGUAACUGACCUAAAAACUAUAAAACUGUAUAUAGUUCCAGGCUGCAUCUUCAGCCUGAUGUGUAUUUUGUAGUUGCAACAGCACCCGAGGUGCCCUAUGGCCCACCAAGUUUGAGGAGGGCGGUGCUUUCCGGACUGAGCCUGGGCAGGCACUGUGGAGCUCACCAAGAGAGCUGGGGGCAGGCCCACCCUCCUCUUUGCGCCCUUUCUCUCCCUCUUGGUGCCCCUGCCCUCCGCCCCACCACAGCACUCUCAGGAAAGGAUCAGAAUGCAGGAUCUUUGUGUAUUUCUUCCAGGGAUAUUUGCAUUUAAGCCUUAAUUCUCAUUGCAAGCGAAAGGCUUGGUCCCCUGGGCAGGCACGUUUCAGCACCGGUGGGCAGCUGGUUCAGUGUCAAGGAGGCUGCUGCUGGUCCCAUGGCCACCUGCUGGCUGUGAGGUAGUGAGGGAGGGUCAAUCCUUAGGGGGAGUCAACAUGUGAAUGCUAAAGAACACUGCUGCACAGCCUGUGGGGUGGCGCCAGGGUUUCUCAACCUCUACUGACAUUUUGUGGUAGGUCCUGUACUCUGUAGGAUGUUUAGCAACAUGCCUGGUAUCUACCCAUCAUCUGCCAGUAGCAACCCCCAGGUUAGAUGUGACAACCAAAAGUAUCUGUAGACAUUACUAGAUAUCUCCUGGGGGCCUCCACAAGUUGAGAACCACCAGGUUAUGCCAGUGGUUUGUCAUGCGUGGAUCUGCAGAGGGACUGUGGCGCUCCGGCUGCAUUGUUCCAUAGAAAGCCUAUAUGUGACAAAGCUGCCGGCCUUUAUCUUGAUACCCAAGCCCAGGAUUUUCCAUGCGUCUUCAGGGGGCAGGUAGGGGAAAAUGGGGUGAGCCACCUCCAACAGAUGCCAACCUGUUGGGUCUCGAAUUUUUAUUCAGUGAAGAUGCCCCCUGCCCACUCCCCACUUCCUACAAAGCAAAACUCGUUACCUUUGUUUUCCUUGGCCACAUUUUACUGGAAGCAACAGGAACUUCUUAACGGGUUUGUGGCCCUCAGUUGGUUUUUUAAAAAAUCUAACAGAUGUUACUGGCAAAUAUUCAAGAUGGUGAUGCUGGAAAAUUUCAGGACUUUUCUUUUGCAAGUGAGCCAGUAGCUGCAUUUGUUGACUGCAUUCUUUGGCAGUUCCUCCCGGAAGAUCAAAGGACCCUGUAUCUUUAACCGUAUCUAGGCUGUAAAAAUAUGAGGGCAGGUUUCAGGCAGGAUGUAUUGAUCAGACACCAAGUUCAGCCAUCAGUUACUUCCCUCUUUUAACCUGGCUUUAAUAGUGAUUCAUGGUAUGAGUGGGGGCCAAUCUCUUAUCCUUUCUGUGCCUCAGUAUCCCCACCUGAAAUGGGACUAGUCAUACUAACCUACCUCCUCUGGUGUAUUGUGAGGAUUAUAUAAUAACAUUUUUAAAGAAAGAAAGUGCAGUCUUUCAUCUCUGGCAUCUAAGCUAAUGAUUCCCAUUCAGUGAAUCAAACCUUGGAGCGGGGGUUCCAGUGUUCUCUGACCAGUGUCUUCCAUCCAAGCCUCCUUGUGACCAGGGCAAGGAGCUGCCUGGCCUCCAGCGGGUAAAAUAGACCUUUAAGACAGGUUUCCUAUGACCAUAGAAAGUAACACCCCAUAUGUUUCCAUUCCUGGCGAGGCCUGUUUGAACGGCGCUCUGUGUGAGUGCUGUGAACAGGCUGCCUGUCAGCAGUCUCACUGGGAGGCCUCAAGGCCUCUGUGUGCAGAAGCCCCUUUAAACCAAGGAAGGACACUAACCCAGGCCUCUGCCUUCUUUGUUACCUAAGUUCUGGUAUCUAAGGGGUCUCUCGAUUCAUAGCUUGUCUCCUUUGUUUCGAGGGGUCUCUGCAGUGUGAGUGGGUUUGAAAUCCAGUGUGGAUAGCGCGAAGAGAUGCAACUGAGCCGAAAUUUUGAAGGCUGGUUGGGCUAGUGGGUCAUCAUUCACUUUCAGAUGACUGAUAACCACUGGGACUGCUGGGGCUUCACCAGCACGAGCUAUGCAGGUUGGGGGAGGCCCUGGCUUUUUCAGUGAUUGACGUUGACAUCAAUCAGGAGCUGGGAGUUGAGACCUCCAGGGAAGUCUCUUCUGGAGCCAUCGCAUUUCUCUCAAGGAGAUCAGUCCUGGGGAAGGCCUAGGGAUUUGUGGGCUGGUGAUGCGGGCACUGCAGACCAGGCCAGGCCCUCGGGUAAGGCUCUGAGGAGAGGCCAAAACCAGGCUUCAGGUUCGGGAAGGUGACUGCUUGCAACUGCAGUAGCAGGAACGUGUCAGGUGCUUACUGGGUGAGACCCAGCCCGGGAAGCCUCUCCAACUCCUCCUGGCCCUGGAAACCAGACAUCCAGAGCCCCAGGCUUUCUCGGCACCCAGAGGAAGUGGGGAGCGGGCAAAGCAGAAAACGUUCAAUGCAUGAUGUAGGAUUGCUGCCUCGGCACUAAGCUGUUGUAUUAAGCAUGAGAGGUGUUUGUUUAACGUUGGCAAAGGGAUUUAACAAGAAACAAAAAGCUUUGUGUCCUUGUUUUGACCAUUAACAGAACUUCCAUUUUCUUGCCUUUCUUUAUCCCCAUUUCUCCUCCUCCCUCCCCUUCCCCCAUCGCACCCACUUUCGGUCACUCAUUGUUGGUAUUUGGUGGCAGCUCUUGGUCCUGUUGCUGUGGAUGUUCCACUGAAAACACAGGGGGUAGGGGGGUGGUAAGGAAAGCAACUUUUUUCUAAUUUUUGUAUUGGUAUCCACAAGCGUUUGUAUUUUUUGAAUUGCAAACACUGUGUUUUCUGGUCUUUGGGGGUUGGUUGAACUUUCUGUAUUACCUUUUUGGAAAACCUGAGUUUUACCACAGUCUUAAGCAGAUUUGAAAUAAAUUCUUUUGACACUGCCAACAACAGAAA